AUGUCUGCUUGCAACACCUUCACUGAACACGUCUGGAAACCUGGUGAAUGUAAAAACUGCUUCAAACCCAAAAGCUUGCACCAACUGCCCCCAGCCUCUGAAAAGACUUCCCUCUCGCAUGGUAAUCUGAAAACCAAUGCAAACCACAGCAACAACCACCGUGGUAGAAGUACAGGAAAUUUCCGACCCCCUGUAGCAAAGAAACCCACUAUAGCUGUGAAACCCACCAUGAUGGUGGUAGAUGGGCAGAGUGUCAGUGGUGAGAUCAGCACACCCGAUCAUUGUGAGAACAAGCCAGUAAUUAUAGGGUGGAACCGAAACAAGACUGUCUUAAACAAAAAGCCACUGAACAAUAAUAAUGAAGAUGAAAUUGAAGGUUAUAGCCAUGUUCAUAGGCCUUAUGGCAACAAUGAUAGUGCAGGUAAGAUACCAAAUAACAAUAAUAAUGGACUGACAGAAGUGUUGAAGGAAAUUGCGGGUUUGGAUACCACACCUCGGCUAACAGGAAAUGAAAUGAACUCAAGGGACACGUUCUUGGGAAGAAUAAAUAAUUGCUAUAAAAGAUCAUUAGAAAGACAGAUCCCUCCAAGCUGCAUGAUGGGUGGAAUGAAAGAUUCACAUAGUAAGCAUGUUAUUCUGAGUGGAAGCACUGAAGUAAUAAGUAAUGAAGGUGGGCGUUUCUGUUACCCAGAAUUCUCCAGUGGAGAUGAGAGUGAGGAUGAUAUGUUUUUUGGCAGCAUGCAGGAAGAGCAUGAGAGUUGGGAUGAAAGUGAUGAAGAGCUGCUAGCAAUGGAAAUUCGCAUGCGGGGCCAACCUCGCUUUGCUAACUUUAGAGCUAACACCCUGUCUCCUGUCCGGUUUUGUGUUGACAAAAAAUGGAACACUGUGCCUUUAAGGAACAAGUCUCUACAGAGGAUCUGUGCUGUAGACUAUGAUGAUAGCUAUGAUGAAAUUUUAAAUGGUUAUGGAGAAGAAACUGUGAUGCUUUAUGGGCAAGAAAGCAUGCAGAGUAUGGUAUCAUCUGAUUCCACAUCUCCUGAUUCUUCUUUGACUGAAGAGUCUCGCUCUGGAACAAUCAGUAGCUCAUCUCAAAAACUCUGCAAUGGAGGGUUAUCUCCCAGUACCCCUAAGGAGAUCAAGUUGAUUGAACCAGAUUAUGAGAGUCUUUGUGAUAAGCAGCAAGUGAAAGACAUACCAAAAACUUCCAGAAACACUGCAAACAUUCUAGAGACUCACAAGGCAGUUCUUGCACUUAGAUUGGAAGAGAAGGAUGGCAAGAUUGCGGUACAAAGUGAUAAUCAAGAAAGCAAAAGUGCUACAGAUGUUACUGGUCAAGCAGUGACUAUAAACUUGGUACCAAUGGAAGAUCAAGCCAAACCUUACAGAGUGGUAAAUAUGGAACAACCAGUGUGCAAGCCUUAUACUAUAGUAGAUGUGUCAGCAGCCAUGACCAAUGAGUGUAUGGAUGGUCAGACUGAAAGCUCAGAAACCAAAAGUACGCCAUCUAACCCAAAUUCACCAGGAACUCCAGGUGCACCGAUUAUAUCUAAUACUGCAUCAUCUGGGCGAGUAAAUGCCAAUCUAAAAAAAUCCAGUGCAGUUAGAUACCAAGAAGUAUGGACCUCUAGUACUAGCCCACGACAGAAGAUACCUAAGGUGGAAUUAAUUGCUAAUAGCUCAGGACCUUCAGUCCCUCCAAGGAAAAGCAGCCACAAAUCUGCUCCUACUUCACCUACAGCCACAAAUAUUUCUUCAAAAACCAUCCCAGUGAAGUCACCCAAUUUGUCUGAGAUAAAAUUUAAUAGUUACAACAAUGCUGGCAUGCCACCUUUCCCAAUUAUCAUUCAUGAUGAACCUACAUAUGCUAGGAGUUCAAAGAAUGCUAUCAAAGUUCCUAUUGUAAUCAAUCCAAAUGCGUAUGAUAAUUUAGCCAUCUAUAAAAGUUUUCUAGGGACCAGUGGAGAGCUAUCCAUCAAAGAUAAAACUACAAGUGUAAUAAGCCACACAUAUGAAGAAAUAGAAACAGAAAGCAAAAUCUCUGAAAAUAUACCCAGCAAACCCACUGAAUUUACCCAACCCAAGGGGGUAACUAAUAGCACAGAGUGUAAACUGGGUUCUGUGGCUCAGAAAGUUCAAGAGUACAAUAGUUGUCUCAGCAAAGGUCAGACGUCACCACAAAGAAGUCAUAGUUUUGACCAUAGCUCCCCAACAAAAGUUCAGAAGACAAGUCAAGAGCCUGCAGCCAAAAUGGAAGGAGCACAGGAGACUUCUGGUGGCAGCAGCAAUAGGGAAAAUGCAAACACAGUGCUUUCUCAGAUUGUGGCUUCUAUCCAGCCCCCACAGUCUCCUCCAGAAACACCUCACUCAGGACCCAAAUCUUGCAGUGUGGAAGAAUUAUAUUCCCUACCACCUGAUGCAGAUACCACUAAAAGCAGCCUGGUACGACCCAAAUCUCUCUUUACUGCACAACCUAUCAAUGAUACUGAAGUAUCCAGUGCCACAGAAAGCACUACCACUAAAAUGCAGAAGGAUACACUUUCAAAGCCACUUACCACCCAUUCGUCGAAGCCAGUAACAGGCACCCAUAAUACCACAAGUCCCAAAAUAGAGCAAGCACCUCCAUUUCCCCCUCCACGUUCCACUUCUUCACCCUAUCAUGCAAGUAAUCUGUUGCAAAGACAUUUCAGCAACUGGAGCAAACCAACCAGUCCCAUUAGAUCAACAGAGGCAGAGUCAAUACUGCAUUCAGAAGGUAGACGAGCUGCUGAUGCAAAACCCAAGCGCUGGAUAUCAUUUAAGAGCUUCUUCCGCCGCAGAAAGACUGAUGAUGAGGAAGACAAAGAGAAGGAAAGAGAAAAAGGGAAACUAGUGGGUCUUGAUGGAACUGUUAUACAUAUGCUGCCCCCUCCUCCAGUUCAACGCCACCAUUGGUUCAGUGAAUCAAAAACAGACUCCAGUGAGAAGCCAUCCAUUGUUUUCAUGUAUAGAUGUGAACCAGCACAGGCUGAACCAAACACCGCCCAGAACAAGGCUGGAGUGGAGUUUCCAAAUGAAGAUACAGUGGCAAAGGACAAAGCAGAAAUGGAAGAGAUGUUGGCAGAGGAUUCUGAACAGAAAAUUAAGAGUCAUUCUUCACCAUCUCAGAUUCCCAAGAAGAUCCUCAGUCAAGUGCCAGAUGAGACCACGGUGGAAGAAUUGUCUCCUCAGAUUCCAAGAGCUGUGUUUGUGAAGCAGGACAUUGGUGGCAAUGCCUCCGUCAUACCAGUGUCAACUCCCCAUGGCCCACAAGGGGAGGAAGAAAAGGAGGAAACUUCAGAUUCUUCUGACUUGAGCCCUUGCAGUGCUACAUACAGCAAUUUAGGUCAGUCCAGAGCAGCCAUGAUACCUCCAAAGCAGCCCCGGCAGCCAAAGGGAGCUUUGGAUGAUGCCAUUGCCUUUGGAGGAAUAGCAGACCAAGAGGCAACUAACAGCUUACAGCCAACACCACCUCCACUGCCAAAGAAAACCAUUUUGAGAGCCAACACAGAGCCGAUCCCCAAAGAACUCCAGAAGCAGACCCUGGAGAAUAAUCUCUGUGUUGUGGCCAACCCUACAUACGACAUUGACACCAACUGGGAAGCAAGCAGUGUCUGCUCUUCAGUCAGCUCAGAACUCAAGGCACUGGACAAUGAGUCAGGAGAUUCCUUGGACAGGCCUUUAGAAAAAGGAAAAGCAACCAACUCAACAGCCAACAGCAUUUCCAGCCUAACCACUGCCAGUAUUAAGGAUAGGUGUUCCAACAGCAUGGAGUCUCUGUCUGGGAGAUACAUCUCUCAGACUAAGCAGAGCAAGAAUAUACAGAAGCCACAGAGGCAAGCACUUUAUCGAGGAAUUGAGAACCGAGAAGAGGUGGUAGGCAAAAUCAGAAGCCUUCAUACUGAUUCACUGAAGAAGCUGGCGAACAAAUGCGAAGAUCUUUUCAUGGCUGGACAGAAAGACCAGCUGCGAUUUGGGGUGGACAGCUGGUCAGACUUCAGGCUAACCAGUGACAGGCCAUGCUGUGAAGCAGGUGAUGCAGUUUACUACCCAGCUUCUUAUGCAAAAGAUCCCCUCAACAAUUAUGCAGUCAAGAUUUGUAAGAGCAAAGCUAAAGAAUCCCAACAGUAUUACCACAGCUUGGCUAUCAGACAGAGUCUGGCUAUUAACUUUAACAUCCAACAGGACUGUGGCCAUUUCUUAGCUGAUGUACCUGUUCGCCUCCUUCCAUGGGAGGAUCCCAAUGCACCUGAGGUGGAGGAGGAAGAUGAACAGGAAGAAGAGGUAGAAGAUGAGGAAAAGAACAAAGAAACCCCUUCCUGUUUGGAGGCUUCACAGAAAGACAACUCAGGCAGUGAGCGGACCAUCAGCAAGCAGCGCAGCCGUGUUGUGGUCAUCACACGGGAGGUACCAUACCUAACGGUGGCUGACUUUGUGCGAGAGUCCACAGCCCGCCAUGCAAAUAACCCAGACUUCUAUGAAAGACAGGUAUGUCUACUGCUCUUACAGCUGUGUUCAGGCCUGGAGCACCUGAAACCCUAUCACAUCACACACUGUGAUCUGCGCUUGGAGAACCUGCUGCUGGUUCACUACAGACCAAGGGGAGGCCUUCUGAACUAUGAGCCUGUGGAGCCCAAUCCCAACGCAGCUUGCCCAGCCAGGCUAAUUGUGAGCAAUUUCUCACAGGCCAAGCAAAAGAGACAUAUGGUAGAUCCAGAGGUGCUACGGGACCAAUCCCGCCUGGCCCCGGAGAUCAUCACUGCCACACAGUACAAAAAGUGUGAUGAGUUCCAAACUGGCAUCCUCAUCUAUGAAAUGCUGCACUUACCCAACCCCUUUGAUGAGAAUCCAGAGCUGAAGGAGAAGGAGUAUACCCGUGCUGACCUCCCCAGGAUCCCCUCCCGUUCCCUCUAUUCCUAUGGGCUCCAGCAACUCGCCAGCUGCCUGCUGAAUCCCAAUCCUUCAGAGAGAAUCCUUAUUUCUGAGGCCAAGGGAAUCCUUCAGUGUUUGUUAUGGGGUCCACGUGAGGAUUUGUUCCACACUCUGAGCUCAUGUUCCAGCCCAGUACGGAAGGAUGCUGUGCUGCAGAACUGGCUGGACAUCAAACGGACGCUGCUGAUGAUCAAGUUUGCAGAGAAGUCCUUGGACAGGCAGUGUGGAGUCAGCCUUGAAGACUGGCUUUGUUCUCAAUAUCUGGCAUUUGCCACUACAGACUCACUCAGUCGCAUUGUGAAAAUCAUGCAGCAACACUAGUUUGUACAAGCUGU